UCCUUAGAUUGAUUCAGUAGGUCUUGUCAGUCAGGGGGUAGAAUCUAAGUGGUGAGGAGUGGAACCGUUGUUCGGUUGUGCACCAGACAUCAUGGUUGACACCCGUAGUGGGAAGAGUACUGCCCCGUACACGCAAGCUCAAGAGGAGCGUGCUGCCGCCAUUUUGAGGGAGAGGAAGGAGAUGAAGGAGAAGAAAGAGCUCCUCAAGCAGACGAAGUUAAAAGCAAUCGUAGAGGAGCAGGCGGCGAAGAAGAAGAAGUUGGAGGAAGAGAUGAGAAGAUUAGAACAGGCGGAGGAAGAGAAGAGGAAGGCUGUUGAAGAAGAAGCAGCAGCAGAGGAGGAGGAGAAAGAAGAAGAACCCCUUGAAAGGAGGCGUGGGGGAGAUAGAGGAGAGACAAGUGGCACGAAGGGAGAGGACGCAUGGAUGGAGAAAAAGUUUAGCGAGUGGGUAGCUAAAUUAUCGUUGGGAGAAGAUGAGGAGGCACUAUUGUACGUGCCCCAGGAGGAAAGAGAAGCAUUCGCCAGGGAAUUGGAAGUGAUGGAGGACCCCUUGGAACGUCAAACAGCAGAAGUUGAAAAGAAGUUGGAGUGGAAGUUGCGUAUGAUGAGGGAAAAGAAGAGAAGGAGGGAGGAAGCCAACCGAGUGGCUAGAGAGGUAGAGAAAGUCUGCGCAUGUUCAGGCACAGGCAGAAACCCUCGCAAAGUUAGAUAAGAUUUUGGGGUACCUGGAGGUUCUGAGCGAGGCUUGGCUUGAGGAGC